AUGUCUACGAGUAAUAUUCCUUCAGGAUGUCCUAUGCAUGAAAAAAUUGCGCAGAGUUUUCAAAGUGAAACAUCAUCGCAUAAUGAUACUUCAAAAGAGACAAGUUGUGGAGGAUCUCUUUCUCCAGACAAUCUAAUGCCGCAACUUUCCCAAGAACCAGUAUCUGGACAGCAAAUUCAUCUUCCAACUAAUCGUAUCGUUUCUUCAAUUCCAAAAGCAAAAGGUUCCGAAUAUUGGGAAUAUCCUUCCCCUCAACAAUUUUAUAGUGCUUUAGUUAGGAAAGGUUGGGAAACUCCCGAGGAAAGUAUUGAAAUGAUGGUUUCUAUACAUAACUUUCUAAAUGAUAGAGCCUGGAAUGAAAUCCUCAAAUGGGAAAACAUGAAAAAAUGCAAUUGUGAUGGACCCAAAUUAUUACGAUUCAAAGGAAGGCCUCAAGAACCAAGCCCAAAAGCUCGAAUGUUACAAUGGGCUUCAAAAUUAUUUCCUUCAAUAGGUACACCACCUCCAUUUGAUCGUCAUGAUUGGACGAUCGAUAGGUGUGGAAGAGAAGUCCGUUAUGUAAUCGAUUAUUAUUCGGCACCUGAUGAAGGGGAUAAUCCGGUAUUUUUUCUUGACGUGCGACCAGCCUUGGAUUCCAUUGAUAGUGUCGUUGAUAGAAUUAAAGUUGCUACCAAGGAAACUUUUGCACAGCUUAGAGAAAGAGCAAAAGCUGCGAGGCAAGGAACUGGAGAUGAUAGGUGUUAUGGUAUAUCACAAGAUCCAACUACGAAAAAUUUCAUCAUUGUAUUAUAUCAUGCGCAUCAUGGUAGCUUAAAAACUUAUUUGGGACAACAUUAUGGAGAACUUGAUUGGACUUACAAGUUAGGAAUAUUAAAUCAAGUUGCUGAAGGACUAAAGAAAAUUCAUCAAGCUGGCUUUGUUCAUAGGGAUUUUCACAGUGGAAACAUCCUGCUAAGUAAUUACGCUGAAAUAGCAGAUUUGGGGUUUACGGGCCCUGUGAGUAAGAAAGUUAUAUCAACUUCGACGACGUCUAAACAUGUGGUUUAUGGUGUUUUACCUUAUAUAUCACCUGAAGUUUUACGCGGAAUAAAAUAUGAUUAUGCAGCUGAUGUUUAUAGUUUUGGUAUCGUUAUGUGGGAAAUAGCAACAUGUUUACCUCCAUUCAAUGAUCGUGCACAUGACACUUAUCUCGCUUUAGAUAUUUGUCUUGGGCUUCGACCUAAUGUUGAAGAUUAUAUACCGGAACCUUUUGCUAAAUUAAUGACGCGUUGUUGGGAUGCAAAACCCAGUGCACGUCCUUGUGUUCAUGAAAUAUAUCAAAUUUUGCAUAAGUGGUAUUGGAAUUUGAAAGAUGGUGACGAUAACGUGGUAACUAAAUCAUUUAUAAAUGCAGACAGUAUUGAUUUGCAGUCUUCAACUCCGGCUUCGAGCAGACCUGUAACUCAAACACAUCCGUUAGCUGUUUAUACAAGUCGUUUGUUGAAUUUCCACGACCUUCCUGAGCCAAUAAACGCUCUACAGACAUCUGGACGACGAAUUCAAAUUACAAAUUCACUUGGAAUCAUCUCAAACGAUAGUUUAGAAGAAUACCGUACGCGUCAACUUGAUGAUGAGCUUUCAUUCGUUACGUUCGUACCUGAACAGGAAGAAAAAUAUGUUUCGCGUCAAGUUGAUGCGGUACUUCCCUGGGAUGAUAAAUAA